UUUCUAGAAAGAGAUGAAUUGGAGGAUCCAGAGUUCGAAGUUGAAUCUCCCCCUCAUGAGGCUGAGGAGGAUGUCUGCCCCGGAGCUUGCGGUUUGGUGGAACAACAACCAAAUACCAAUGCUGACAAAACCACGAAGAAAACAACCGUUGAAGACAGAGUUCGGACAUUCCACCUGCGAAAGAACUUGAACCACCUCGAUAAGAUACAGGAAGAGAAAGAUCUUUUCACUGAGAAAACGAGAGAGGAGCUGGGUGCUUGUCGCCAGAGGAUGGAGGCCAUCCGCGCACAGCAGGCCAGCAUGGCAGCUGCGAUCAACUCUGAGAAAGAGGCCAACAACGUGGCCGCCGCGGGCCGUCUCCAGGCGGCGUCCAGACGCCUGUGCACGGAGCUGGAGAACGAGAGGGACCUGCAGGCGAAGAUCACGGCCGUGCUGGCGCAGAGCGAGAUCGCCAUGUGGCACUUCGAGCUGCAGCAGAGGCAGCUGGAGGACUUCCGGAAGACGACCCGAGAGGAGGCAGAGGCCGCCGAGAAGCGCCGCCAGGUGCACGCCGCACAGCUGCUGCGCAAGGAGAAGGCGGCUGCGGUAAAGGCGGAGAGGAACCAGCAGCUGAGGGUGCGGAAGUCCCUGCUCAUCCAGCAGGGGCACGGGCUCGGGCAGCGGAAGCUGGUGGAAGAUGCCCAGAGGAACCACAGGACCGCGGUGAAGUUCCUGAAGGCCUCCCUGGGAAGGAUUCGAGAGCGGGAGAAGGAAGAGGAGGCGGCGUCCCGCAAGCACAUGAAGAGACGCAUGGACGCGGUGCUCGCGCUGAAGAGCAGCAUCGCGGCGAACCGGGAGACACUGCGGAAGUUCCAAGUGUGGAGCCAGGUCAAGGGGCACCUGGCGGAGCAGAAGGCGCAGGAGGAGAAGGAGGCGAUUCUGGCCCAGGGCGGAGACGCCUUCAAACACCUUUUCCAUCAGCGCCGGCAGGGGGAGCUGGAGGCCCAGACGCGGGCCUUUGAGGAGGAGCAGAAGCUCAGAAAGCAGGAGAUUGUAGACCGGAUUUUGAAAGAAGAGGCCGAGGAGGAAAACAGGAAGAAGCGGCUUCUUCCCCCCUGCACCACCACAGACCGGUGGACCCUGAGAGACAAGACCUGGAGCUACGUGUCCGACUUUUGCGAAGGAAAGACCACACCCCCGCCCACCUUUGACCUGCCGGAGGACAACGCCCCAAAGGUUGACCCCUCUCGGCUAAUGAGAGCCAUCUCCAUUGAGUCCGUGCACUCGGAAUCCACGACCAACUUGGAGGAGAAAAAUUUAGCAGAGCCGGAAAUCUCUGGGCUCUGGAACGAAGACCACAAGCCGUGCCAGGUGCCUGAGGAGGACGUGAACAGAAAGCCCGUGGGCGGGACAAAGAUGGACAAGGACAUCCUGGCCCGCACCAUGGAACGGCUGCGGAGCGGCCGGGUCCAAAGGCAGGUGGCCUCCGGGCACGAGUUCAAAGGCCGCCCCUUCAACAGCAAGCCGGAGAUCAUCCACUUCAAGGACUUCGACGUCGGCAAAGUGUACAAGAAGAAGAUCACGCUGAUAAACGCCACCUACACCAUCAACUACUGCAAGCUGGUGGGCGUGGAGGAGCACCUGCGGGACUUCAUCCGCGCCGACUUCGACCCCCCUGGCCCCAUGUCAGCCGGGAUGUCCUGUGAAGUGCUCAUCACCUUCAAGCCCAUGAUAAACAAAGAUCUGGAAGGAAAUGUCUCAUUUUUGGCUCAGACGGGCGGAUUUUCCGUUCCACUGAAAUGUUCAACAAAGAAAUGUCGUCUGUCCCUCGACAAGGAGCUCAUCGACUUCGGCAGCCACGUGGUGGGCGAGACCGCGACCCGGGCCAUCACGCUGACCAACGUCGGGGGCUUGGGCACGGAGUUCAGGUUCCUUCAGGCCUUGGACCCCGGCGACACGGACGACUCCCGGUCCCUGCUGAGAGCAAGCAGCCUGUACACGUACGAAGAAAAAAGUUUUUACGAAAAAGGCAUCACUAGUUUUUCUGAGCAACAGUUUGACGCCUACGAGUCUUCCCCUGUGGAUAUGCAGAGUAGGAAGGAGUCGGAGGAGGACACGCGGGCUGCAGAAACAGAGAGAUUAACCACCAUGAUGGCGUCCGUGGAUGAGCAGAUGGAGAUCACACUGGGCGGGGUAACAGAGGGGCAUCUGGGCCCCUUCAGCUCCGUCAAAGUGCCCAUCAUCUUCACCCCGUCCAUCCCAGGAGAGGUCCAAACCAGGUUCAAGAUCACGUUUAAGACUCCACAGUGCCCGACAUUGUAUUUCAGAGCCACGGGCGUGGCCAUCGACGUGUCGGUCUGGCUGGCAAAGCCCAACGUGGACCUGAAGAUCUGCAUGUACGACCGCCUCUACCAGGCCUCCGUGCUCGUGCACACGCGGUCGAACGCGGCCCUGCGCCUCAAGUUUGAGGUCUGCAAGGAGCUGAGGGGACACAUGGAGCUCCUGCCCGAGACAGGCUACAUCCAGGCCCACUCCUCCUACUCUGUGCAGCUCAAGUUCCUGCCCCGGCACUCCCUCCCGGAAGACGCGAGGAAGUACUUUGACCAGGAGAGCCGGGUUCUGGAGGCCCCGAUGACAAUCUGGGUGGCGGACCAGACCAAACCCGUGGGGUUCACCGUCCACGCCGUGGUCACCACCUCGGACCUGGAGCUCAGCCCCCCGGAGCUGGACUUCGGCUGCUGCACCAUCCACGAGGCCGUGAGGACAGAGGUCAGCCUCCACAACCACUCCCUCCUGCCCCAGGACUUCGGCUUCGUCCGGCUUCCCAAGUUUGUGGACAUCCAGCCCGGCGACGGGUUUGGCACGAUCCUGCCACUCGAAACUCUGCAACUUGACGUGAUCUUCCAGCCCACCAAGGCCAAGGAGUACAGCUUCGAGCUGGUCUGCAAAUCCGAGAUCAACCGGUGCUUCAAGCUGUCCUGCCGGGCCGUGGGCGUCCACCCGCCCCUGGAGCUCUCCCACUACCAGAUCAAGUUCAGGGCCACCGCCUUGUACGACACCUCCGUGGCCACGGUGUACGUCACCAACUCGCACGUGAGCAUGAACUCUCUGACCCACUCCGUGCCCCGCAUCGGCUCGGAGGACCCCUCCACCGUGGGGCCGACGUCCUUCGAGUUCCUGCUGCCCCCGGACUCACCGAUCACCAUCGCGCCCUCGGUGGGGACCGUGUCACCAGGGAAGAAGUGCCUGGUCCAGGUGGCCUUCCGGCCCGUGCUGCCUGAGGAGCUGAUCCAGCAGGAGGCCCUUCGGAUGCUGAGCAAAGAGAUAGAGACCAAACCGUCAUUGCAGAACCGGGACCGAGCUCUCCAGGUCUCCGCCCACCCAAGUCUGGAGCUGCAGGAGCAAGACCUCAAGGCCAGCUCCGACAGGUACCAGGCUGCCCAGGCCUCCCUGGCUAGAGCUUUCCAGGGGAAGUUCGACAAGUUUGUGGUCCCCUGUGUCGUUGCCAGUGGUGACGUCAAAGACAGGAAGGGAUUGGAACCCCUGAGUUUCAGCCCCCACAACACCCUGUACCUGGAGCUGUGGUGUCCGUCAGUGGCACCAUCUAUCGUGGUGACAUCCGAAAAAGGCAAGACCAUCUUUGACUUCGGCGAUGUUGCCCUAGGACACAGCAACAUAAAGAAGGUCUCCAUCCAGAACAUCUCCCCGGUGGACCUGGCCGUGGGGUUCUCGGUGCUGGACCCCAACGGCCCCUUCAUCCUGCUGAAACCCUCCAGCAAGCUGCGCGCGGGCGAGACGCAGGUCCUGGUGCUGUCCUUCUCUCCGCGCAAGAGCAUCCUGGCUCAGGAGACGCUGGACAUCAUCACCAAGAGAGGCACGCUCACCCUCACCCUCACGGGCACCGGCGUGGCGUCCAUGACCACGUGCUCCAUCGAAGACGGCGUCCUCGACAUGGGCUACGUGAUAGCCAGGGAGUCUGUCUCCUCGGGCUUCACGCUGCAGAACAACUCCUCGCUGCCCAUCAAGUUCUCCAUGCAGCUGGAGAGCCUCUGCUGCAGGGGGGAGACCCAGCAGCAGCUGCCGCAGUUCCUGGCCUCCUCCGCCCAGAGGACCCAGGUGGUCGGCACUCAGAACUUCAAUGGCCAGAGCGUGUUCAGCGUGGCGCCCGUGGAGGGCGUCAUGGAGCCAGGGAGGACGCAGGACUUCACUGUGACCUUCAGCCCGGACCACGAGAGCCUCUACUUCUCUGACCGGCUCCGCGUGGUGCUCUUCAAAAAGACGGUCUCCCACCAGAUCCUCCUGAAGGGGGCGGCCCGCGAGCACAUGAUGUUUGUGGAGGGCGGGGACCCCCUGGACGUGCCCGUGGAGUCUCUGGCGGUGGUCUCGGCGUUGGACGCGGAGCACAGAGAGGACGUGGAGGAGCUGAGACACAUCCUCGUGACCCUGGAGUACGUCCAGUUUGACACAGACGUGACAGCCCCACUGGCCACCCGGGAGCUGCAGGUGGGCUGCAUCCGGACCACCCAGCUGUCUCCAAAGAAGACGGUUGAGUUCAGCAUGGACAGCAUCUCGUCCCUGCACCACAAGGGCUUCUCCAUAGAGCCCUCCAGGGGCUCCGUGGAGCGUGGCCAAACCAAAACCAUCAGCAUCUCCUGGGUGCCGCCUGCCGACUUCGAUCCAGACCACCCACUCACGGUGUCAGCCCUGCUGCAGCUCAGAGGGGACAUCAAGGAGACCUACAAGAUCAUCUUUGUAGCCCAGGUGGUGACCGGCCGCUGAGGCCACAAGGGCCUCUCCACAGAGCACCCCCAGCCCCUCCAGCCCCCCUCAAAGCCCUCCCCCAGGCUGUGGCCAGGCCAAGCCACCAGGGCCCUGGGACCUGGGCAUCCCCUGCCCAGCAUGUCCAAAUGGGCAGCCCUCUGCAUGGCCCAUGACUAGCUCCUGCUGCCCUGGACCCAGAGGGCCCAGGGUCCAAGAGCACCCCUCCCCGGACCUCACACUCGCUGGCACAAGGUCAGUCCAGUCCACGGCCUGCCCCCAGCCCCACAAGCCUGUCAAUAAACCGUGUGAGCCAACACGUGG